CGUUUGGAUUUGACUUUUGACUGAACUGACACUGACACACAAACGAAAAAUUGAAAAUUAAAAACAAUAACAUGUCAUUUUAUUUAGCAGUGUAAUAACUUACUAGUUGUUUUAUAAAAUAACGAUAUACUACAAGUAUAAUGGAUAAUUCUGCAGCAAAGGUAGUUGGACAAAUAUUUACAGAAGCAGGUGCUGCAUUUAAUAAGUUAGCUGAUAUGGCUAUGUUACUGCAUCCUUUAGCAGAAUCAUUGCCAAGUGUUUGUCCUCAGACAAAAACACCAGUGAAGAGAAAAGCAACAGAAGAAAGAGUCCUAACCAGCACUACAUCUGGGCAGGUACUUAAUAUGUUGAAAACGCAAGAUUCAGAGGACUCUAAAGCUUUAAAUAGGGAUAUUAAAGUAGAACAUGGGUUGAAUGUGGAAGAAGUAGUAGUAUAACAUAAAGUGUAUUUUGUAAAACACUAUUAAAAUAAUAAAAAUUAAUUACAAGUC